AUGACCACUGGAAAAACCGUCCAAGCUCUCAACACUCUGAAGAACUUGCUUCACCAGCGCCUGGCCGAAAGCGAGUGGCUGUCCAAAGAGAUACAGCUGAGGACAGAGACACUAAGCAAGAUCAAGGAAGAGAACCGGGCGGUUGCCACGGAGAUUUCCGCCGAACGACGGGCAAAGAAGAAACUGAGCCAGCACAAGGCGGAUACCCAGGAAAUGCCAAACGUGGACGACUACAUUGCGCAAAAGGCGACCGUGUAUCAGUUGCAAUCGUGCUUGGCCAACUGGGAGCGGAAGGUGCGGAAUAUCGAUGCAAUCCUGAGCUAUCUAUCUUUUUAA